AUGAAUGGAGGCCUCUGGAAAAAGAUUCUAAAUCCUGAUAAUGUGUUUAGAAGGAAGUUGAUUAAUCAAGUGGUGCCUACUGCUUUGCCUAAAUGCAAGAGUCCUGACCAAAUUUCAGCUGCAAUUAAAGCUUUUAUGAAUACCAAUCUUACUCACGAAGUGAUUAAGCUUCUCAACAAGAUUGUGCUACAAAGUUCUUCCUUUAUUGGAAACUUCAACCUGAAUGGUUUAUCGACCACUACUGCAAUAAAAACAUAUCCUAAAAGAGUCAUGGGUUACAUAAAUAGGCUGGACAACUUUGAUGGCUCUGUUGCCAUUUUCAAGAAAUUCAAUCUGAAUGUUCAGGCUAUUAAUGCCCUGCUAGAUAACCUUCAGACCAUUGAUCGAGCUAUGGAAUUUGCAUUCUGUGUUUAA